GAUGUUAUGUGUCCUACUUAUAUCAGUACACUCGUGACAACCUAACCAUUACGAAACGUAUAUUCUAUCAAAUAAGCGACGCGGAGUGAAUAAACUAUUAUAUUUGUGUUGACCAAAUUCGAAACUCUCGUUAACCUCCAUACUAAAACUCUAGGAUUUGUGAGCGGGUAAAAACGCCACCUCCUGGAGAAAAAUAUUUAGGGAGAAAUGAACCUUAUCCCUCUCGCUUCGCCUCUUUCUCUCUGACUGUUCAGUGUUUUGUGCGCCACGGCACAGCAAACUUGACGGACGUAGGCUUCAUUAGGACUGUGGGACCGAUAUCAUAGCCUACCUUAUUGUUGGACUCGUGGGAUAUUCAUAACACUUUGGAGAUGAAGUAGUCAGAUUCAAAAACGAUUUUAGCGAUAUCGUAUUCUGUAAAAGGAAGGUAUCCUUUGUCCUUUAAAAGCGGUUUAGACUAAUCCUGCUCUGUUCAGAACUCAAUUUUGAAAUUCAACUUUCUCAUAUUCAAUUUCCCAGUCUGGACUACCAGAAAUCAAGGUUUGAUUUGUGGAUUGUCUGGACCAGAACUCACCGUAGAUGUUUGAAGGACCACAAUGGCUGGGUACUCUAGAGACCUGGUUCAAUCCUUGCUUUGACAACACAGUUUACAAUUAAAUGUGAGAAAGACACAAACAUCACAUAACUCAGCACCAAUCAGGUGUUUCUGGUCUUGUGGCGUAUUAAAUCAGACUUCAUCAGACAUCACCAUGCCUAUUCUCAAGCAGCUAACCUCGAACCAGUCCAAGCGUCGCUCCCGGGCUGACCUGACUGCGGAGAUGAUCAGCGCCCCUCUGGGGGACUUCAGACACACCAUGCAUGUGGGUCGUGGUGGGGACGCCUUCGGGGACACCUCUUUCCUAAGUACCCGGUCUGGGGAGCCCCCUAAAGAACAAGUUCCAGAGGUCCAGCAGAGCUCCCCUGGACCCAAACCAGGCCUGUUGUCCCGAACCUUCAGGAGCAGCAAGCGCUCCCAGUCGGUGAACCGCGGUGACAUGUACAAGAACAACUCGUUGGCGCCCCCCGGUGGCUCGCCAAACUUUGUGAAGAACGCCAUCUCCCUGCCCUACCUCAAUGAUGAGGACGUGGUCAGGAUGGGCAGUGGUCAGCAGAUGCCCAAGAGUGUCUCCUCCAGCCCUCUGAAGAAGCUGCCCGAGGUCGAUGGAAUCAGCAAACCAGUCAACGGUGCAUCGGCCAUGGCGAUGCUGGAUCUGGAGUUUGACGAGCGUAACUUUGGAGAACUGACUGACCUGCCCCCAUCACAUCCUCGGGGUGGCGGGAUGAAGCACGCAGAGUCCAUCAUGUCAUUCCACAUUGACCUGGGACCCUCCAUGCUGGGGGACAUCCUCAGCGUCAUGGAAAAGAAGGGCUGGGAGGAAGACGACCUGGGGUACGAGGAGGGGAAGGGCAGCGAGGGCCGCGGGUCACCCCCUUUUAGCCCUCCCACCACGGAGGAUGAGAUCGAGGACCAGGUGGAUCUACAGCCUCCAGGCAGGCCCCCACGCACCUAUCCUCAGCAGAAGGUCAUGGCCGACCCCCUCUACACCCCUCGCAGGAACUACCACCCCCACAGCCACCUGGACAGCUGCUCCGUGUCCUCCUCCGGCUCUGCCGCUCUUGAGGAGAAACCACUCCACCACCUGCAGGAGGGGGACAUGGACAGCGCCAAGUACAGCUCUCGGGGGGCUGGAGAGGAGGACGAUAAAGACUUCUCCUUCAUGGACGAGGAUGAUGAUGAGAUCAGGGUGUAAAACAGAACAGGGCUGUAAUGUCACCACCACAGAAUGUGGUUAAUAACGACACCAGAACGUGGUUUGUGAGGUCACCGAAGGAGACAAUUAUUUUUCAUGAGUUUUGAAGCUAUAAUAAGUCUGGGAGGGGUUGGGAGCACGAUAAAGACCGCACAAAUCCCUACAUAUGGAUCUAUCCUGAGAACUUCUAUACGGGGACAACCCUGUUCUGCUACACCUCCUGGAUCAGGAAUACCCAUACACCAUCUGUUAUUUAACCUUAUUUACUCCUGUGUGUGUGUGUGUGUGUGUGUGUGUGUGUGUGUGUGUGUGUGUGUGUGUGUGUGUGUGUGUGUGUGUGUGUGUGUGUGUGUGUGUGUGUGUGUGUGUGAUAGUUAAUGGAAACGAAAAUGCCUGUCCCAUGAGUCCAUUUCUCCAGCCCAUUACAGAAUUCCGUGUCGACCACUAACUCUCUCUCUCACUCACACACACUGCAACUCUGAGACACCAGUUAUUGGUUUGAGGGAUUAUUUUUGUUGAACUAUGAUCUGUCAUUAUGAUGAUCUAAUCCCACAGUUCCAAUAUGUCAUUAAAGUGUGUUUCUCCUUAUAAGGGGAUCAACCACUCAUAUCCACUCAUAUUCAACAUGAACCAUAACCCACCCACGCCACCAUUGUCUUUCCAUUCAGAGGAUUUCCCUUCAUGGUUACCAUAGCUACAGUCCUGGCUGCAGUACUAGCAUAUUCCUUAUAGCCCAUUAUUAGGUAAGGGAAAACCAACCAGCGGUCAUGACACUGAUUGUCACAUUCUUUGAAAGUGGACAUAUGGAGAUUGACAGAGGUCACAGAGGUCGAAGCAUGAACUGUUGAUCACCCAGAUGGAGGUGUAAUGCGGGAGGUGUAGAGUCAUGUGAGGUCACGGACUGAACUGUUUAUUUCCCACACUGCUUUGGAGAAAGGAAGUGAAAUGUAUCCCAGCAUUCUUUGGGGCAUUGAAUGGAUUGUAUGUGUGUGUUGAGUGAGGUGAGAUGCAGUUAAAAUAUUAGUUUUGUUAAUUUUCAAAGGGUAAAUAAAGGUGGCUUCUCCUAUGUUUACUACAUACAGAAUUGAUAAGUUGGUCUUCAGGUUCUUAAACAAUGGCACAACUUGGUUGUUCAUUAUUCCAACCAUUAGUCCGCUUUAUUGUCCUGUUCACUAGACAUACUCUAUACAGCCCAACACACUCUGAAGUCCUACAUGAUCAGUUAGCUUGUUUCAUUUGUUAUCUAAUAACUACUUCUAAUAAGGGGUAGAUCAUAUUGUGCACUGUUUUAAGUCAUGUUGAUUGGAGGAAUUUAGUUAAAGGUUGGAGUUUGGUGAUCUUUAGUUGUUCUAAAGCCUAAUGUACUAGCCUACUCAGUGAUCCAGCUUAAGCCUUAUCUUCGGAGUUGAUUAGGCUAGGUUUAGGUUUGGCCGUGAGUCCAUGGCACUUUAGCUUAGAUCAAUGGACUCAGUCAUAUAUCCCCUGCAAACACUGCCAAUGUGUAGCAAAAUAGCUCACUCCCUAAAACACUAUUGUACAUAAAAAAUCUUUGUUAUGUUUCCAUGUAAAUGUUUUAAAUUAACUUGACUUAUUAUUAAAUACAAAAAAAUGAACAUUUUGAAAAUAAAUGGCCUUUUUGUAGAAGCUUUCAUGACCAGUAGUGCUUUUAUUGUACAAAUGUUUAGAAACAGAUGAAAACAAAUACAUAACUCACAGGAGCAGAGAUGGUGGUUGUGGACAAGAGUAGUGACCGUACAGUAGACUGUCAUAUCUAUGUGGUCAUCUCUUCCCCCAUACACACCCCAGGCUUGUAAGAUCAGGAGAAAGAGAGGAGUUUGAAGGGAGGAGGGUAUCAGUAAUAGGAGAACACUAUUAUUACCCUCCUGUCUCCAUUGUGCCACGCAGACCUGGCUACUGUAGGAACAGAUUGAAUCAGCACACCCUCUGGCUUCCCUCUCAUUCAUAAACAUACUGUAGGAGCAGAUUGAAUCAGCACACCCUCUGGCUUCCCUCUCAUUCAUAAACAUACUGUAGGAGCAGAUUGAAUCAGCACACCCUCUGGCUUCCCUCUCAUUCAUAAACAUACUGUAGGAGCAGAUUGAAUCAGCACACCCUCUGGCUUCCCUCUCAUUCAUAAACAUACUGUAGGAGCAGAUUGAAUCAGCACACCCUCUGGCUUCCCUCUCAUUCAUAAACAUACUGUAGGAGCAGAUUGAAUCAGCACACCCUCUAGCUUCCCUCUCAUUCAUAAACAUACUGUAGGAGCAGAUUGAAUCAGCACACCCUCUGGCUUCCCUCCACCCUCUCAUUCAUGAACUUAGUUGGCUGAUCGGUCAGUAACCAAACCAACCACUCAUCCAUUCAUGAGUCAUAUGUUUGGGAAAGGAAAUGGCAGGCGCGCCUGUUCCCUUUCCCUUUAGAUUCCUCCUACAGCAUUUGCAUCCCAAAUCGCACCCUAUUCCCUAUAUAGCGCACUACUUUUGACCAGGGCCCAUAAGGCUCUGGACAAAAGUAGUGCACUAUAUUGGGAAUAGGGUGCCAUUUAGGAUGAAUACAGUGUGACUAUAGGUCCCCCCCUCCCUCUCAUUAAUUUGGUCAGAUAAAAAUCUAAUCUGUUAAAGUAAAGCAGGAAGUCCCUGCUCACGCCUUCCUGGAUCCCUGAGUAUUGUCGCGUUCAAAACAACUGGGAAUCUCUGAACUAGGUCUGACUGGGAAAAUCAUUUUGAACAGUCAUCCAAGUCGGAAACUCGGGCAUCUUUCUAAAACUGACUUUAUGUUCCGACCGGAAGAUCACUGACGUCACGAUUUGACCUAGUUUUUUCCUCAGAGUUCCCAGUUGUCUUGAAAGUACCUAAUCUAUUGACUUUAUGCUUGAGUGCCAUAUGUGACACUGGGGAUCACUGUUUUUGUUCCCUGUUAUGGUGUUGGUUGGUUGUUUGGAGGGGGGAACAAAUUAUCCAAUGGUAUUAGGUCAGGGGAGGAGCCUAAUGCCAGGCAGGAUGUGACAUCACUCAGCCAUAUGUUCAUGCUAUGUUUGUUAGAGUUCCAUGUGUACAUGUCUGUAUUAAAGAGAGAUUGGUUCAGAGAUUAAAAUGACCAGGUGGAAAUGUGCCAAGUAUGUAUGUAAUCAUCCUCUGACAUGUCAUAUUGAGUCUUGAUGUCUGAAGGAAACAUUUACGGGCUACAGCAGUACAGUGAACUUAAAUCUCAGGCCUCUCACACUGUUAAUUUGUAAAUGGGCCAAAUUUGGGAUUUCUUUGUUAUGUUUUUAUUGUUUUAAACUCAGUUGCUUGUUCCAUUGUUGUAGAAUCUGUCUAUGGAGAGUGGGUUAAACUGCUGCAAUCCCUUAGCUGUUCUUCACCAAUGCCGGGACACUUUAUAAAGAACCUUUUAAUUUUCUAUCAAAACACUCAUACCUGUCCACCUCCAUUUUAUUUGCUACUGAAGUGAAGUAGAUAAAUACUAAUUGUGCCAUCCAUGAAAAACAGUGACUAUUACUAUGUUUGUUAUAGGCAUUAUGGCAUAGUGAUGCUAAUGAAGAGACAUCAGAAAGUAAAGUGGGUUUUAAUCACAAGAAGAUUUCAGUGCCCUGGCCUACUGCCUGUAGGGGGGGGGGAUUCAUACAAGGGGAAGGGAUUGUGAAAAAGAACUGGCUUAAAGGUUCAGCUGGAGAGUGUUUCAUUUUUCUCUACUCAAGGCUAGUUUUUAUGCCAGGUAUGUGCUACUUUUCUUUUUCUUUCUCAAUCUACUGUGUAUACAUAUAUACUGAACAAAAAUAUAAAUGCAACAUGCAACAAUUUCAAAGAUUUCACUGAGUUAUAGUUCAUGAGGAAAUCAGUCAGUUGAAAUAUAUUCAUUAGGCCCUAAUCUAUGGAUUUCAUGACUGCGAAGGUCAAAGACACCUUAAGAAAAAAUUGGGCCUCAAUAUGGGCCGUCACUGUCACGAUCGUCAACGGGACUGAGAGAGGACCAAGGCGCAGCGUGUUGAAAAUACAUCUUCUCUUUUAUUUUAAGAAGAAAAUUGAACCAAAACAACAAACAGACGACCGUGAAGCUAUAAAUCUAGAUAGUGCUGACACAACCACUACACAUAGACACAGACACAAUCACCCACAAACAAACAGUGAGAAACAACCUCCCUAUGUAUGUCUCUCAAUCAGAGGAGAACGAAAACACCUGUCUCUGAUUGAGAGCCAUACAAGGUCAAUUAACCCUUUAACCCAACAUAGAAACACAACACAUAGAAAUGCCCACCCAGCUCACGCCCUGACCAAUAAACACAUACAAAACAAGAGAAAACAGGUCAGGAAUGUGACAGUCACGGUAUCUCUGUACAUAAAAAUUUCCAUCGAUUUAAAAUGAAACUGUAUCUUAUCCCUGCCCAUACCAUAGCCCCACCACCACCAUGGGGAACUCUGUUCACAACGUUGACAUCAGCAAACCGUUCGCCUACACAACGCCAUACACGUGGUAUGCGGUUGUGAGGCCGGUUGGACAUACUGCCCAAUUCUCUAAAACAACUUUGGAGAUGGCUUAUUUCAGACAAAUUAACAUUCAAUUAUCUGGCAACAGCUCUGGUGGACAUUCCUGCAGUCAGCAUGCUAAUUGCAUGCUUCCUCAAAAUUUGAGACAUCUGUGGCAUUGUGUUGUGUGCACAUUUCAAUGGGCUUUUAUUUUCCCCAGCACAAGGUGCAUCUGUGUAAUGAUCAUGCUGUUUAAUCAGCUUCUCAAUAUGCCACCCCUGUCAGGUGAAUGGAUUAUCUUGUCGAAGGAGAAAUGCUCACUAACAGGGAUGUUAACAAAUUUGUGCACAAAAUUGAGAGAAAUUUUGUGCAUAUGGAACAUUUCUGGGAUCUUUUGUUUCAGCUCAUGAAAUAUGGGACCAACACUUUACAUUUUGUGUUUAUGUUUUUGUUCAGUGUAUUUACCUCCCUCACACGUCCUCCUCUUUGAAAUAACAGCAAUAUUUUUCAAUAAAAAGAAAGUUGGUAAUCUUUA